GAAAUUUUUAUUAAUUCUUUAAAACUAAUUGACUAAUAGACACAUGAACAAAAAAAAAUAUUAAUAACUUGACAAAAAAAGAAGAACAUAAUCAUUUAAUGAGAUCAGCUGAUUCAGAAUCAAAGUCGGAGAAAAACUACCAGUUAAAAUAGAAAAAUAUUAAUAAAAUUAAUUAUAAAUAUUAAAUAUUAUUAAUUAAUAAAAUUCAAUAUUAUCAAUAAAAAUUAUUUAUUAACAUUCAAUUAUGCUUGAAAAUACUAUAAUCUCCGCUCAACAUUCAACAAAUUUUCAAUUUCUUUCUGUUUGUCACUACAUUACGACAUUUGGUAUUUUCUUCUACAACAAAGAUUUAAUUACACUGGAACAACGAAAUCAAACUGUCCCUGUAUUAAAUACUUAUUUUGAAUAUCUAAAUAAUUCUCAAAAUGAAUACGAGGCAAAACUUCAGCUUCUAAAAAAAGUACUUAAAAGAAGUGAUCUCUAUGGUGGUGGUGAAAAUGAAACACUUGACAAAAAAUACGUUGAAGAAACAUAUCAGUACAUCAUAAGCACGGCUCUAUUUUCACACUAUGGAAACAUAAAUGGAUAUUUGGCAAAAAUAAUUAACACAGCGAAUGAUAUAACUUAUUCAGCGCUUAAGAAAAAUGUAUUUCAACAUUUGUCACGAAAUUACACAACCAAAGAUUAUUGUUCACCUAAAAAUGAUAAUUACAAAAUUAGUUCGUUAGCAAUUAAAAAAAUUUUCCAAAAUAAUAUUUGGUCAAUUUUUCCCGAACCAGAAAAAGACACAAGUAUAAUGGACGUGGAUUAUAUAUACGCAAUGGUUGGUUUAAAAAUUAGUCGCUCUGUAUCAAGCGAAACAUUAAAUAUUUCGUAUCACGAUUAUAUUUUAAUUGCUCGUGAGUUAGAUUUACAGGAAAAUUACACAAAUGAAAUAUAUGAAAUGAUUUUAACAUUUUACUCAACAUCGGCACUAUUUUUCUAUGCCUAUAAUGAAAAGGAAAUAUUUAGAGAAAAUGAAAAUUUUCAAACUAAUGAAUUUUGGAUGAAAGCUUAUGAAACAUUAUUUUUACACAUUAAUUCAAAAAUGCAUAAAUUAACCGAAGAAAUAUUUGCCAAUCAUAUUCAUUACAAACUUGAAAAAGAAAUAUCUAAACUAAAAACUCGAACAUUCAUUGCAACAAAUAUACUUUGGAAAUAUUGUAAUUAUUCAAAUUAUGAUGAUGUUUCAAAAUUUUUUGUUGCACUGUAUAAAACGUGCCAAUGGAUUGCAAAACGAAUAGUUUUUUUUAAAUGCAAAAGAAACAAUCUUCCCAUUUUGGAAAAUGUCUAUGAAGGACAAUUUAAAAAUAUAAAAAAAAUAUAUAAUCAAAUUGAAGUGAAUUUAAUUAGUAAUUUCUUAGUAGACAAUAAUUUAGUUGAAAAACUAAAUUCAAAUGUAACUAUUAUAUCUGCAUCGGUUCUUUACAAACCUUAUAGAUGUUACAAUUGUCUAAAUAUAAAACAAAAGUUAAACAAUGAUAUAUAUGUUCUUUUUCAAAUAGAAGAAAAUAAUAAAAAAGAAUUUUAUGCAAUUAAACAGGAGAAAACUGGAAUGACACUACUUGUAAAUAGUGGAAAUGAACGAAAUUUUUCUAAAGCUAUUACUAAUUUAAUAUCGUUUCCAAUAGAUAAUGGUGAAUAUUCUACAAUUCUGAAAAAGGCUAAUGAAGAUUACAAAGUUUUUAUUAAAAGGCUUGCCGACAUAAAGACAACAGAAUUUGUUACAAGUCUCAUAGAGAACUAUAGAAAUGAAACUGCAGGCGAGCAUAUAAUUCAUUUUGCAAAAUCACUUAUACCAUUUUACAGUUGUAUUGAAAGUAUUAAAGAAAACGAUGAUGAAGGAGCUACGAUCAGUUGUAUGCUGGAUGUCUUGAGUCUGAUACCAAUUGCAGGUGUUACAGCAAAAUACGGAGAAAAAAUAACAAGUUCCUUAGUAUCAUCACUAAGCAAAAAAUAUUUAAUUAUUCCUUCGUUUGCAAAAACUGGAGUGAAAACCCUAAUGCAAAUUUCAAAAAUAGCUGCCAGAACUGUAGCAGAAGAAAUUCUAACCAAAAGCUUCUUAAAAGACCUAUCAGUUGCAACUCUACGAACCAUAGAUCCUGGAUUUGAACUCACCUUCCAGCUUAGCAGAUUUGGUAUCCGAACUAUUUCCAAUUCAUAUCGUUUUGCUUCUAAAAUCUUUCUAAAUCCUUCUAUAAUUAAAAGUUUCCAAUCACUAGAAUCCAUUGUAAAAAGUCUGGAAAAUAUAAAACUCCCAACCUAUAAAGGACUUGUACCAAAAAUUCUACACGAAGAAAAUAAUUAUCAAGUCGUUAGAUUCUAUUAUCCCGGUGGUGAGAAUACAUUUGGACCUACAUGUCUAUCAUCAUUUGGAACAACUGCAGAAUUAAGAACCAUUGAAGGUAAUCCAUUUCAAGUUCCCGUUAUCCCAAUAAUAGAUGACGUUAACAAAAUUUCCCCUCGACAAUUUAGUCCCAAAACUGGUAAAAUUUCCUAUCGACAAUUUAGUCCCGAGAGUGGUAAAAUUUCUACUGUUAAACUCGAAAUGACACGAAACGAUCUUCUUAGAAAAAUUAUGCCCUAUCUUAAUUUAGACACAGAUGUGAAAAUAACACGUAAUUAUCAAGUUUAUCACAAUACAAUUGAAUGGCAUGAAACACCAAAGAAAAAAAUAAAGCCAGAGGGAAAUGAAGAACAAAAUUCGCAAAUAGCUGUUAUUCCUGAUACUUCUCUAGAAAGUGUGCCAAGUGAUAAUAUUCCAAAAAUUAUAAGUGGAUCUCAACAUAAUUUGCCAGAAAAACCAACUGAUGAAAUAUCUAAAAAAUUAAUGCCAUCAAAAACUAUCGAAAUAGUAGGUUUGCCAUCUGAUAAUAUUCCUUCAACUUCGAAAGGAUUUGGAAAAAUUAAUUCCCACGGAUAUAUUAUUUCUGGAACUAGGAUAGAAAAACCAAUACCAACCAAAAACCAACAAACCCAAAAAUCAAAAAAUUCUGAAACAAAUCAAAUCUUCGCUAGCGAUAGUAAAAGUUACAGCAAUUUUUUUGGAGAAGAAAUGAACAAUUUAUUCGCUAGAACAAUACAAGACUUCAAAGAAAGAGGAUUUUCAAUCGCUGAAGAUGAUAUAUUUUUAAUGGCAGGAGUUCGAAGAAUUAUCGAAAUGAUAUCUAAUUUACAAUCCAUGGAUACUGCAAUCAAACUACCAGCAGAAUUAUGGUUGAGCACAAAAACUACACUCACUCAUGUUAAAAUAUUGGAAAAUUUAAAAGGAAAAGAUUUCUAUUUUAAUGAUCUUACAUUUUUAACAGAUAUACCACCGAUUGUAAAUCAAAAAAUCGUUCCCAAGAAAACGUCAACAAUUGUAUUAAAACCAGAAAUUCGUUAUCAUAUAAAAAUUAAUUCACAAUAUGGUUUUGUCGAUCUUCCGGAAUUUCACAAUAGUUUCACAAAUCAAUAUAUUGUAUUUCCAGAAAUUGAAUUCACUGUCGAAAAUACUCACUAUAUCAAUGGAAAAUCGAUUUUACAAUUGGAUUUAAUACAAAAACCAAUGACAAAAGAGAAAUGGUUAAAAAUAAGGGAACAAAAUUCAAUGUUACUUGGCAAGGAAGAGUUAAUAAAAAAUGAAAGAAGCAAAAGUAUUGAAAAUGCUGCUUACUCAAUAUCAACAAGAACACCACUUCAUAGAUUCAUUGAAUCAAAAAAAUUAUUAAAAAAAUAUAUAUUAAAAACCCAUGAAACAAAUUCAGAUCUUACUUAUAAUUCAUUGGCACAGGAUAUUUUUGGAGGUGGUUCAAUACCAGAAAAAUAUGAUGAAUUUGAAAUAAAAAAUCAUAUUUUUAUUGAUGAUGUAUUAUUUGAAAAAUCAUUGAAUAAAAUUGAUAAUUUAGAAUUGGCAAAGAAAAGAAUUAAUGAAAUAUUUGAUGGUAUUUAUGAACAGAAUGUUGAACCUGUAUUUAAUAAAUAUUUAGAAACUGCAGCAAUACACGAUAAUAUGCGAUUUGAAGAUUACUAUAUUAUUUAUUCACGUUUUUCACAUACUCUACCAUUAGAUAUUAAUACACAAAGAAGACUUGUAUCUUCACUAUAUAGACUUGCAUUAAGGCAAUGUGAUGAGGAAUUAGUUAAAAUUCCAAAUACUCUUUAUUAUGCUCGAAAUGUUCCUCUUGAGGAUUUUAAUAAAAUUGCAGCAAUCAAAAAAGAUGAAUACAUCGAAUUUUUAUCCGGACAUCCAUUUAAUUCGAAUCGACAAAAUGUUAUAGAAGAACAAUCAAUUACUACAUCUACUGAUAAAUUAGUAUUGUAUCAAUUGGAAAUUAAAAAUCCAGCUGGUAUUGCCUAUAUUGAACCAAUUAAUGAAAAUGCAAACAAACAAUAUUAUAUUUCCUGUGCUGUGGAAAUUAAGAAAGAUAGAAUGAUUGCGACUAAUAUUGAUGGAAAGGAUGUUUUUGUUCUGAAAAUUUAUGAUGAUCCACAAACAAAAGAGAUACGAAUGGUUGAAUUAGUUGAUAGUUUAAAUGAAUUAUAUUCAACGGAUACAAAGUUUUAUGUUAAUGAUAUUUAAAUGUAUUUUGAAAUUAUGCAAUAAAAAUUUUAAAAAAUU